AUGAAACCUAACUUGAAGCAAUGGAAACAACUCAUGCUGUUUGGGAUCUUUGCAUGGGGUCUGCUUUUUCUGGUGAUAUUCAUCUAUUUUACAGAUAGCAACACUGCUGAACCAGUUCCCAGUUCCUUUUCUUACAUCGAAACUAAGAGGCUUCUGCCCCUUCAGGGCAAGCAGAGAGUCAUCAUGGGAGCCAUACAUGAUCCGUCAUUCUCCGAAACCAUUGAAGGGAAUGAGGUACUUCUCAAUGAAGAUCUCUUAGGUACAUUUAAAUCGGGAACUGGAAGUAUUAAGAAAUGGACUGAUUUGGAAGAUGCCUUUAGAAAUGAAGAUGAGUUUUUUCCAUCCCAGGUAGGAAGAAAAUCAAAAAGUGCUUUCUACCAAGUGAAUGACGAUUAUUUAUUUGCUGCUGGUCAGCCUCGGUCGCACAACCACCUUCAAGAGAUAGCAAAAUUCAUCUCAGCCGAUGAGGAUAAUCCAAAAGUAAAUAUUUUACAGAAUGACUGGAGCCAUCAGAGAAGAAUGAGGAGAAGGAGCACAAAGCACAGGAGAAGCCAGAUGCUUGAUGAAUCUGAUGACUGGGAUGGGCUAUAUUCCACAAUGUCGAAAUCCUUUCUUUACAAGCUCUGGAAAGGGGAUGUCUCUUCCAAGAUGCUAAACCCUCGACUGCAGAAGGCGAUGAAAGAUUAUUUGAGCACCAAUAAGCAUGGGGUGCGGUUCAAGGGGAAACGAAACUCCAAGUUGACAGGAGACCAGCUAUUUUGCGAGCUAAAAGAAAGGGUGAAUGUGAAAACAAUAGAUGGCAAGGAGGCUCCCUUCUCCACUCUUGGAUGGGAAAAGCACGUUCCCCAAAUUCCACUGGGCAAAUUGUAUACACAUGGUUUUGGGAGCUGUGCUGUAGUUAUGUCUGCUGGUGCAAUACUGAACUCCUCUCUAGGGGAUGAAAUAGAUUCUCAUGAUGCUGUUCUAAGAUUUAAUUCUGCUCCAACACGUGGCUAUGAAAAAGAUGUUGGAAAUAAAACAACCAUGCGGAUCAUUAACUCUCAGAUUCUCACCAAUCCAAACCAUCACUUUGUCGACAGCUCCUUGUACAAAGAUGUUAUCUUAGUAGCCUGGGAUCCUGCCCCCUACUCUGCAAAUCUGAAUGUGUGGUAUAAGAAGCCGGACUACAAUCUGUUCACUCCCUAUGUACAGCAUCGCAGAAAGAAUCCAAACCAGCCGUUUUACAUUCUCCAUCCAAAGUUUAUAUGGCAGCUCUGGGACAUCAUUCAGGAGAACACUAAAGAGAAGAUACAGCCCAACCCUCCUUCUUCAGGUUUUAUUGGUAUCCUCAUCAUGAUGUCCAUGUGUAACGAAGUACACGUGUAUGAAUACAUCCCUUCAGUUCGACAGACCGACCUAUGUCACUACCAUGAACUCUACUACGAUGCAGCUUGUACCUUAGGGGCCUACCACCCACUGCUCUAUGAGAAGCUGUUGGUGCAGAGGAUGAACAAAGGUUUGCAGGAUGAUCUGUAUCGGAAGGGGAAAGUCAUUUUGCCAGGGUUCAAAGCUGUCAAGUGCCCUGAACGAAAUAAUUUCUCACACUUGUAGAAGAGAGUCCUUCAGAAACAAUGUGCAAUAAGGUACUACUGUCGUACUAUAAACAAGAAGAGAAUACUUGAAAAAUGUAUCUUAGACCAAUCUAUUCUUGAGUCUAUAAAUUGUAAUUAAGUAGCAGGCAUGAGGAAUACUUCUUUUCCGAGCCUGAGUAUUUAUUACUGCUUUGCAAAUAGUAAAAAAAAAAAAGGCUUAGCUCAUGAAAGGUGCAAAGGACAUACUUAGGCAGAAAUAUAAUGUAUUGUUGUGGGUGUGACUGUCAGAAUUUGUUGGUGGUCUCUUAUGCCACAUAUGCUAGAGUGUAACUUUUUUUUUAAAUGAACUUAUUUAACUGUUAAACCUGGCAUUGUGAAACAGCCUCUAUUGUUCAUGUACAGAGCGGCCAGUUGAACAAUGCAGCAUUUCUCAUGGCUCCAUGGGAUUUUCACACUCUCCAAGAAUGAAGUAAUUGCUACUCUGAGCUGUGCAGUCAUUGACUAGAGUAGACUUUAAUUCCCAUUCAUACGCAGGCUCAGUUACAGACCUUCAACUGUAUAGGGGGCCUUAUGGUGGCUAUAAAGGCAGUGCAGAUAGAGAUGGCUGUACACACAGCUAAACCAGUUAAACUACUGGAUGCACUUUUGAUGCCAGACCCCCAUCCAUGCUCACUCUGACUGCAUAGGGCAGAGGGAAA